AUGUUAGGCAACACUAAAAGCAGCAACAUCAGUCGAAGGCAACGCAUCGAUGUGCCGUUGUCUGCUCUAGUUGUUGUUGUUGUUGCAGUUGAAAACGCCACAAGAAGAAGCAGACGUAGAAUAGCGGAAGUUGUUGUUGUUGCUCAACACGCAAACGUAAACAGAGGGUUGCCACAAAUGUUGCUGCCACGGCUGCUGCGACAGCGGCUGCUGCGUGUGCCGCUGCAUUUAAUGGAACUGCGCAUCUUGCUGCUCUGCCUGCCAACGCUGCUCUUGGCCACCACCUUAGAGCCAGAUCAAAAGUCAAUACUCACAGAUAACGACUGGAAGAAGCUAUGGAUGCGCGGCGGUAUAAAUGCCGACUCAAAAUUGGAUAAUAAUCUCGACUCGAGCGACAGUCCCAUGUUCGAGGACAGUGAGCUGAUGGCGCACAAUACGACCGUCCAGCUGGGUGGCACCGCCUUUCUGGUCUGCAAGGUCUCCGGCGUGGAUAGAGUGGGUGUAAAUUGGAAUCAAAUUUCUUGGAUACGCCGACGGGACUGGCAUAUAUUAUCCUCAGGCGCCCAGCUCUAUACAAACGAUGAGCGUUUCGCGAUACUGCACACGCCCGGCUCCAACAUGUGGACGCUACAGAUAAAGUUUGUGCAACGCCGGGAUCACGGCAUGUACGAGUGUCAGGUCUCGACACCGACUGGAAUUAUUUCUCACUUUGUGAAUCUUCAAGUGGUUGUGCCCGAGGCGUUCAUACUUGGCUCCGGUGAACUGCAUGUUGACAUGGGCUCAACAAUCAAUUUGGUUUGCAUUAUUGAGAAGAGUCCAACACCACCGCAGUACGUGUACUGGCAGAAAAACGAUCGUCUCAUCAACUACUAUGACUCCAGGCGGGACAUUUCCAUUGAGACCACACCGGGGCCACGAACGCAGAGCCGUCUUAUCAUACGCGAGCCCCAAAUCACCGACUCCGGCAACUACACCUGCUCCGCCAGCAACACCGAGCCAGCCAGCAUUUAUGUCUUUGUAUCAAAAGGCGACAAUAUGGCGGCAAUCUCACGUCGCAAAACCUCCUCGGCCGAUCGCAUUACGCACAUAUUUAGGUCGAUGCUGGCGCCCUGUCUCCUGCUGAACACGGUCGUGGUGAGACGCAUUUUCUUGACCUAAGAACCUAAAAUACGAUACAACAUCAUGGCGCAAGCGAAACAAAAA